CUCCAGUGGUGGAAACUGGGUCACUGCAGCCUCAAAACAACAGAACAUAGGCAAGAAUGAAACCAUCAGAGUAAAUAAACCAUACUGAAGUUAAAGCUUCAAUUAAAGAUACUGCAUCUUUGUUGUGGCAAGGCUGCAAUGUUGGCUGUACUGUAUGUGUCACUACAUUGAUAACUGCAAGUGGUAAUAUUCGUGAAAGGCUUGUACUUGCACAGCCUUGUCGACAGAGGCCACUACAGCGGCGUGUGUGUAUCUGGUAGACGGGGGUAACUAUGCAUCAUGGAGGGCAGGGUCCAUCCAAACACUACACCAGCUGAUUUCUCUGUUUGGGGUUGUGCUUUACAGUGAAAUCACCUGGUGUACAGUCAUCUGUUGUUAGAAUGAAACCCUCCAGGCUUUAAGCCCAUUGCCUUGAUCUCACAUGCUUGCCUAUAUCUGAUCUAUGGUAUAUAGUGGCAGCACAGACCCAGACAGCUUUUCUUUAUAUUUGAAAGGACUGGGUGUAUGCAGAAUUUUCUAAAGAGAGAAUAAAAUUCAUUGUACCAUGCUGUUUAAUACGUCUACCAUAUCCAUGCAGUAUACACUGAGAAAUCAAUGCACCAGCCACAUGGCCACUGAAGUAUUCUUUGAACUGGCCUCUUGCACACUAGAGCACCUGGGUGUGGUGAUACUGACCAACCUUUGGUUAAAUGCGGUGCCAUAAAUUGAAGCACUACAACUCUUUUCAUUUGUGUUGCUCAGUGUUGGGCCUUUUCUUUUGCCUUAUAGCAAUUUAGUCACAACCUCCUUCCCAACCUGGUCCAUGGCCAAGUCAAUGAGUCUCCUGUGGGGGGCUGGAUCCCCUCCCUGCUGGCGCGUUAUGAUCGCUCUGGAAGAGAAGAGGCUGCAGGGCUACAAACACAAGCUGCUAUCCUUUGAAAAAGGAGAGCACAAAUCCCAGGAAGUCUUGGAUAUCAACCCCAGAGGGCAACUCCCCGCCUUCAGACAUGGAGACAACAUAGUGAAUGAAUCUUGUGCGGCUUGUUUAUACCUAGAGAAUCAGUUCAAGUCCCAGGGGACCAAGCUGAUCCCUGACGGGCCAGCAGAGGAAGCAUUGGUCUACCAGCGCAUGUUUGAAGGCCUCACACUCAAUGAUAAACUCAAUUCUGUCAUCUACUAUGAAUGGUUUGUCCCAGAAGAAGAGAGACAUGAGUCGGCUGUGAAGAGAAACAGGGAAGAGUUAGCCAAUGAGCUCACACUCUGGGAGGGUUACCUGGAGAAGGUGGCAGCAGGCUCAUACCUGGCAGGGGCCUUCUCGUUGGCUGACGUGAUCGUCUUCCCAAGCGUUGCUUACGCUUUUCGCUUCGGGCUGUCUGUUGGGCGUUAUCCCAAGCUGGCCAAAUACUACCGCCUGCUGAAGGACAGGCCCAGCAUUAAAGCCAGCUGGCCCCCACACUGGGUGGACAGCCCACAGGGUUACAACUGCCUCAAGGAUCUAUGAAGCACACACACCAUAUGCAUUUUUUUUUUUUUUCUGUUUGUCCAG